AAAAACUUUAAUAAUGAGCAAUAGGAAAAAAUCUACUACCAGUACAAGGGGUUCCAUUCAAACCGAAAAGGAGGAAACACAGCAUGGACCGGAAUCAAUCCACCUUCCACCACCCUCGUUUGCAGAAUCUGAAUUCCAUCAAAUACAAAAAAUUCAAAUGAAGAGUAAAAGAGGAAACUUGUUGAAAUGGUCCAAUGUACCUUCUCGUUAUCCAAACCUAAGUAACGCUUGGGAAUUUGCUGGGUGGGGUAGUACUUAUUAUGUGGAGCUAGAAAAUUCAGAUAUCGACCAUUACACAGAAGAGUUAAAGAAAAAGCCAUUAAUAGGACAAUGGCGGGCCACCUCAAUUGCAGGUAACGAUUUGAUUGCUUCUGUGUUAUAUUCCAUCGGACCGUGUGUAGCCCAAGCAGGAAAAUAUGCUCCUAUUAGUAUGUUACUCGUAGCACUCUUAAUGUAUCCGAUGAAGCGUAUCAUCACCGAGGUAGCUACUGCUAUGCCAUUGAAUGGCGGUACUUACAAUGCCAUGUUGAACUCCACUACCAAAUCCACCGCUGCCAUUGCUGCCUGUUUGUCAAUUUUGGAUUAUUUGGCCACCUGUGUCGUAUCGGCCUCUACAGCAUCUGCCUAUUUAGCGGCCGAAGUGGAUUUACCCGACAGAUUAACCCCCUUUAUUCUGACCAUCGUGAUUUUGGUGACAUUUUCAUUGAUUUGUAUUUUGGGCUUACGAGAAUCUUCUACGCUGACCCUGUCAAUAUUUACGUUGCAUUUAAUUACAAUGCUUGCAGUGAUGCUGACGAGUUUUGUGAUGUGGGGAAAAGGCGGAAGUCAAACAUUGAUUGAUAAUUGGACAAAAUAUCCAGACCCACCGGGAUCUAAUCCUUUAAUGAUGAUUGCUAAAGGUGUCUGUAUAGGAUUAUUAGGUGUUACUGGAUUUGAGUCUGCAGAGAAUUACAUUGAAGAUCUUAAACCAAAUACAUUUCCUAAAGUCAUGAACAAUAUGUUUGGUUUUUUGUUUGCGAUCAAUGCCCCUAUGACUUUAAUGGUGACUGUACUAGUGCCUGUGCCUGUCAUCAUUGCAAAUUCAGCCAAUGCGGUUUCUUUUUUGGGUGAAUAUGCCGCAGGAGGUGCCUCAUGGUUACGUCUCUGGAUUAUGAUUGAUGCUGUCAUUGUCUUGUGUGCAGGUGUCUUGACAGGUUUGAUUGGGGCUAUUGGGCUUGUCCAAAGGAUGGCUUCUGAUGGUAUAUUGCCCAAGUUCUUUUUGAUCCGUAACAGGAUUACAGGUUCGUAUCAAUAUAUUGUACUGGUCUUUUUGAUCCUGAGCAUCACGUUGUAUGCUAUUGUGGGCGGAGAUACCACUUCUCUCUCAGGCGUAUUUGCUGUAGCUUUCCUAGGAAGUUUAUCGACCUUUGCUGUAGCCAAUGUCAUGAUCAAAUACAAGCGAGGAAGAUUACCGCGAUUGAGUAAAGUAUCUCUAUUGACAGCCAUGUGUACAUUUGGUGUAUUGAUGGCCUCCUUAAUCGGUAAUAUCAUUAUUGAUCCCGAGAUUGCCGAAUACUUUGUGAUUUAUUUCGCGGUGGUACUGCUCGUGGUUUUAGCCAUGUUAAAACGAUGCUGGUUAUGGAAACUAUGUUAUUGGUUAUAUGAUCAAAUGGAUUUAUUACACAAGUUUCCUCAUUUCUCAGAGAAAGUCGAGAUGUUUAUCCAGAAUAAUAUUAAAAAGAUUCGAAAGAGUCCAAUUGUAUUCUUUUUAAAGACGGAUGAACCCCAUGUGAUGAACAAGGCGAUCCAAUAUAUCAAGAAGAAUGAAGAUGCAGGAUGUGUCAAGCUCAUCCAUUUCUACCAAAACUCUGAGGAUAUCCCAGAGGAUCUCGAGACAAAUCAUCGCAUACUAGAUGAGAUUUAUCCCAAGAUCCAGAUUGAUUUAGUGUUUGUUAUGGGAGAAUUCACACCAGCAACAGUGGAUGCAGUCUCCAGACAAUUAGAAAUUGCCAAGGCUCAAAUGUUCAUGGCCUGUCCAGGUCCCAAUUUUGAGUAUUCCUUUGGAGAUUUUGGCGGUGUGCGUAUCAUUAUGCUUUAGCACGGCAUCUAUACCUUUUGUACAUAUAAGAACAAUAAUAAUAAAAAAAAAAGUUUUUUUGUUUUUUA